UCCGUCUUCCACCUCGACGUCCACAGAGCGAGUAAGAUUACGAGGAAAAAGCCAGACUUUUCCAAAAAAAAUUCUGGUGAAAGAAAAACCCUAAAAACCUUACAAGCAAAAUAGUGGCGAGAAUGAGAUCAAUCGAGAAGAAAAGGAGAGCUCUCAGUGGAUACAAGAUCUCAAAAGCAGUGGCCUUCGCCUCAGCCCUAAUCAUUCUCGACGCAAUCCUAGUCUCGCUCAUCGUCGCAUUCGUCCCAUAUACCAAGAUCGAUUGGGAUGCUUACAUCUCGCAGGUUGACGGGUUUCUUGGAGGAGAGAGGGAUUACAGUGAGCUGAAAGGGGAUACUGGGCCAUUGGUAUAUCCAGCUGGGUUUUUGUAUGUGUACUCUGCAAUCAAGUUCGUUACUGGUGGUCAGGUCUUUCCUGCUCAGAUUUUAUUCGGCAUCUUGUAUAUUGUUAAUCUGGGAAUCAUCUUUCUCAUCUAUGUAAAGACUGACUUGCUUCCAUGGUGGACCCUUAGCUUGCUUUGUUUGUCAAAGCGAAUUCAUUCCAUCUUUAUGCUUCGUCUCUUCAAUGACUGCUUUGCAAUGACUCUGCUUCAUGCUUCGUUAGCUCUGCUUCUUUACCAAAAGUGGCAUCUGGCGUUACUCAUUUUCAGUGGAGCUGUAUCAAUUAAGAUGAAUGUUCUUCUGUAUGCUCCACCUUUGCUUCUACUAAUGUGGAAGGGUAUGAGUAUUAUGGGGUUGCUUUCUGCAUUGUUAGGUGCUGGAUUGUUGCAGAUCCUAUUCGGUCUACCUUUUUUGUUGUCACAUCCAGUUGCAUACAUCUCAAGGGCCUUCAAUCUUGGACGUGUUUUCAUCCAUUUCUGGUCUGUUAAUUUUAAAUUUGUUCCAGAAGAGCUAUUUGUGUCAAAAGGAUUUGCAAGCGCUUUGCUGGCUCUUCAUCUUACAUUGCUUCUGCUGUUUGCGCAUUAUAAAUGGUCCAAGCAUGAAGGAGGGCUCAUUCAUCUAGUGCAAAAAAGACUUCACAAUGCUAUGCAAAAGUCCUCCCAUCAAUCUGUUCCUUCUGAAUCAAGCUAUAGGCCUCUCAGUAAGGAACAUAUUGUAACUCUCAUGUUUGUUGGGAACUUCAUCGGCAUCAUGUGUGCCCGUUCUCUGCAUUACCAAUUCUAUUCUUGGUAUUUCUUCUCUUUGCCUUUUCUAUUAUGGAAAACUCCUUUUCCAACUCCUCUACGGUUGAUAUUGUUCUUUGGUAUUGAAUUCUGCUGGAAUGUUUAUCCAUCCAACACAUUUUCUUCUGUGUUAUUAUUUUGUUUACAUCUAUUCAUACUAUGGGGUCUUUGGAUUGCCCCAAGUGAAUAUCCUACAUCGAUCGAAAACCCCCUCAACAAAAGAAAGAAUAAUAUGGCAUAAUACAAUGGAACAAUCUGAAGGCUGGGCACUUCAUCGGUCAAUGAUUGCAGAAAUCAUCCUAGCUUUUUAUGAUGACCCAGCAUGCAAAAUUUUAUGGUGAUACCAAGGUUUUUAAGAGGAGAUUUCUUUAAGGGGUCCUUGGAAAAUUGCCUUUGAUAAGCAUAUUGUAUUAAAUACAUUUUCUUGUUUUUGUCCUUGUCUCUAACUAGUUACUUGUGUCCACACUAAUGAAGGGAAAUUUUGCAAUACAUUAUAUCUUUUAUGA